AGGCGGAGGGCGGCGAUGGGGGCCCGGGGCGGCGGGCGCCGCACUCGCUGAGGCCCGACGCAGGGCCGGGCCGGGCCCAGGCCGAGCGCUGCGGCCGCGCGCUGCGGACGCGAGGACCGCGACCAGCAGGUGGAGUGCAGGUCGGACACCCGUGAGGACAGCCAUCCCCUGGCCCUGCUACCCUGUGCCUUGGACGGCUGUUCUCAGUGAAGGACCGUGCGCCCGCCCCUGAGCAGCGACCAUGGGCCUGCUUGCCUACCUGAAGACCCAGUUCGUGGUGCACCUGCUCAUCGGCUUCGUCUUCGUGGUGAGCGGGCUGAUCAUCAAUUUCACCCAGCUGUGCACACUGGCCCUCUGGCCCAUCAGCAAGCACCUGUACCGCCGCAUCAACUGCCGCCUGGCCUACUCGCUCUGGAGCCAGCUGGUCCUGCUCCUGGAGUGGUGGUCCUGCACGGAGUGCACUCUCUUCACCGACCAGGCCACCGUGGACCACUUUGGGAAGGAGCACGUGGUCGUCAUCCUCAACCACAACUUCGAGAUCGACUUCCUCUGUGGGUGGACCAUGUGCGAGCGUUUUGGCGUGCUGGGGAGCUCCAAGGUGCUGGCUAAGAGGGAGCUGCUGUACGUGCCUCUCAUCGGCUGGACGUGGUACUUCCUGGAGAUCGUCUUCUGCAAGAGGAAGUGGGAAGAAGACCGGGACACUGUCAUAGAGGGGCUGAAGCGCUUGGCUAACUACCCAGAGUACAUGUGGUUUCUCCUGUACUGCGAAGGGACACGCUUCACGGAGACCAAGCACCGCAUCAGCAUGGAGGUGGCCGCCUCCAAGGGGCUGCCCCCACUCAAGUACCACCUGCUGCCCCGGACCAAGGGUUUUACCACUGCAGUCCAAUGCCUCCGGGGCACAGUUGCAGCGAUUUACGACGUGACGCUGAACUUCAGAGGGAACAAGAACCCGUCUCUGCUGGGGAUCCUCUAUGGAAAGAAAUAUGAGGCAGACAUGUGUGUGAGGAGGUUCCCCCUAGAAGACAUCCCAUCAGAUGAGACCGGCGCAGCCCAGUGGCUUCACAAGCUGUAUCAGGAGAAGGAUGCCCUGCAAGAGAUGUACAAGCAGAAUGGUGUGUUCCCAGGGGAGCAGAUCAAGCCCCCCCGAAGGCCAUGGACCCUGCUGAACUUCCUGUGCUGGGCCACCAUCCUCCUCUCCCCCCUCUUCAGCUUCGUCCUGGGCGUCUUUGCCAGUGGAUCCCCACUCCUCAUCCUGACAUUCCUGGGGUUUGUGGGAGCAGCUUCCUUCGGAGUACGAAGACUUAUAGGAGUGACUGAGAUAGAAAAAGGCUCCAGCUAUGGCAACCAAGAGCUUAAGAAAAAGGACUAAUUAAUGCUGUGAUUGAACACCCAUAACCUGACGCGGUAUCCAAUUAACUCAAUUAAAAACAGAACACACAAGAGCGAGGGAAAGAGACACUUAGAGACUAUUUUUCUUAUUAACUGGUGACUAAUAUUAACAGAACUUGAGCCAAGAGCAAAGAACUCAGCCUGCCAGGGGAAGAUGCUCAGCCAGCACUGGCGGGGUCCCAUCGGCCCCUGCGGGGACAGAGGCGGGCGGGGGAGGUGGUGGGACCGUGGGCUCCUCAGAACUCCACCUCCAAGAGGCAGCCUUGGCUGCUCUCCCUUCUUAAACGUAGAAUGAGGCUUUUGUUUCUUUUCCGUUAUUUUGGGAACUUAAUCUGGCCUCAACCUUGUGCCCUCCCUGCACCCCAGAACACUGGCUCUUCAUGGGUGCCACUGUCCUCAUGGGGGCAGGUCAGCUGGAUCCUUGUCCUGUGGAGCUCAUUUGUCCUGCCCUGCUUGGCACCUUCGCUUCUAGCCUGGGGGGGGGGGGGGAGGAAGUCUUCUUAGAGAUAAGCACACAGUGAAUGUAGAUCUGGCCCCUUUGUCGUCCCCCCCCGCCUGGGGGCUGAAGACCACCCCUCCAUCCUCUGCAGCACCAUUGGCACUGCCUCUCUGCGGGCCGUGCCUAAGCACCUUAAGUCUCUUUUUAAAGCGAACGCCCGAGAACUCUGCAGAAUGUGGAAUCCUUGAAUUCAUACAGCUCCAUGGUCCCGCUCUUCCUCUAGCCAGCAGGCCAUGGUCCUGCGCAGGGCCAGACGGGAAGACCGCUCGGGCCCCACACCUCAGAGCCAUGGUGCCUGGGGACGGCGGGGGGGGGGGGAGGGGUGGGAGUUCCAGCCCAGGGGAUUCCCCUGGACCAGUCUUCAGGAGGUGGUGUCACUAUCAGGCCUCCUUGUUCUCAGUCAGACACCUUUAGUGCUGGUUAGCAUUAGAAUUUCUUUUUACACGUUGUUCUGUGGCUGGCUCACAGCUUCUCCCUGUCCUCUUCCUAUUCUGCCUCUGUCCAGGCAGGUGUCAUGGCUGGCCACCAUACCCACUGUUGCCCCAUACCACCUCAGUGACAUAGGCUGUCCUGGCAGAGAACAGGGGUCCUCUGCCUGCACUUGGUGCCUUGCCAGGGUCCCCUUGGCAGGCCCUGGAGGCGCAUUUUCCUUCUCACUCAGUGCAGGAAGGCCUGCCUGGUUUCUGGGAGACCUAGGUCCUCAGGAAAUACCAUCAUAUACUUGUACCUUCUGUCUGGAACCUACACUGGCUCUUUUAAAGUCAUUUCAUGUUUUCUAACAAGGAAAAAUCGGGUAUUUUAUCUGGCAUCCUGCAACCAGAGUUCAGAGUAAAGGCAGAGAAGAUUCGUAGGGUACACUGGAAGAAGGAGGCCUGGAGAAGCCUGAGAGCAGAUCUGGGCCUGCCUGCAUGGUCCCUGGUGACAGAAGAUGCUACUGGCCUCUGAGGUCCACGCACAGUGGAGGACCACUCCUGUUGCUCCUGGGUGACAGCAAGACACAUGGCUGCUUGUAAGGGUGAAGGGUCGAGUCAGGCAAACUGAGACCCCGAGUCUCUUCCCCUCCAGCUGAAGGCUUGCCUUCCCAGGCCUUUACCAACUGUGAGCCAUCUUGAGCACUCCUGAGGGCCAUCUCCCUCCCUGGUGGGUUUUCUUUCUGCCUUUCUGUCUGCUUAAGGUCUCUGUCUUCCCCCAUUCACCGUCCCCUCACAAACCAGAAGGAAACAGGCCAGUGGGCCCUGCCAUUGCAUGCACCUGGCCUGGGAAAAGCAAGCUCAGGCCUCUACCCACUUCACUAAUGCCUCUGGCUUCCCACAGAAACCCUGAGCCUUUGAGGUCAGCUGACUGUUCUGUCUGUGAAUGAUUUGGGGAAUCCAAGCUGCAGGCUUUGCCCUCCUAGACCUCCCCCUGCUUCACCAUCUAAUACAGCGCUUCUGAGAGCAAUAAAAACUACACUAGGAAUGUGGGUGUGGGUUUUUGGGGUUUUUUUGGGGGGUGGGGUGGGGUCAGAUUUUGCUUUUCAUUUGCUUCAGAAGGAAAGGGGGAGGAGAGCCCCUUUGAUUUUUCUAUUAAAUUAAUAAAUCUCAGAAUAAUGCUUUUUCUCUUUUUCCUUCACACCCUACUACUGAUAGGCAUGGCUGAUGUCAUGCUCAGAUUCAGAGGAAGGUUCUGCUGAAGCAGCUUGCUAGUCUUCAGGGAGCCCAUGCUGGAAGCAGUGGGCUCAGGAGCCAGAGGCAUUCUGAAACUGGAGUGGUUGGUUGGUGGCCUUGGGAGGAAGGGCCUGGACUGCUAAACUGGCUCUGCUUCAGGUUCCCCAGUAGAGGGGCCCCCACAAGUUCAGCUCAGCCUGGGACAUGGUCUCCUUACCAUUCAACGGCCAAGAGCCAGAUACUUGAGGGCGCCUGUCAUCUCCCUGAAAGACCCUUGCACUGUCCAGGUGGUCUCCUACCCCUGGUCCCUGGCCACACCCACGUACCUCAUGCAGGCCCCUCUGAAGCUGUGUUGAAUUUCAGCAGUGGCUACCAUUCUCCUGACUGCCUGCAAAGAGCAUCUAGGGGCUGUGUUGCUCUCCCUUCCUUCCUCCCUUCCUUCCUUCCUUCCUUCCUUCCUUCCUUCCUUCCUUCCUUCCUUCCUUCCUUCCUUCCUUCCUUCCUUCCUUCCUUCCUCCCUCUUCCCUUCCCUUCCCUCCCUCCCUCCUCACCUCUCUGAGGGCUUUGUGCUAGCAUCCCAAUCAGUGACCACCCUGCAAGAAGCAGGAGCAGCAAGCUAGGAAGGUCAGAAUGUGGGCAGUUCAGAGGUCAGGGACACUCUUCUUUUGACAAGACCUUUAACCCAGAGAAUGAGGCCACCUGCUGGGUAUUUGGUGACUGUAUCCAUGAGGCUGUAAGCCCUGUCCUCAGGAAACAAUCUGAUUAAAGAGAUGAGCUCUGAAUAUGCAGGCUGCUUGAUAACAUACUUGGCAACAAUGUAACAACAUGUUCUUGUAGGAACAAGGCAGGUGUCUUCACAGAUGCCUUGACUGCCCCUCCCUCCCAUCUUGUGCACCUUGCCCUGAUGAUGUUUUCUUCCUCUUAUCUAGUCCAGCCUUCAUACCACCUGAGGAAAAGUCAGGGUUUAGACCCAGCAGUGGGAUACACUCACCCGCAGUUCAAGAGAUGUCAGGAGAGUAUCCACACCCACCGUGACUACCAAUUUGUGUCUGGUUCAGGAUGAAGAAUUAAGUGGCUCUUCCUGCAUGUUGCCCUGUCUCUGCCUGAGACCUUCUAGGACAAGCCAAAAGUAGCCUUUCUGGCCCUGAUGACUUGCACCUCAAUUGUUUGUCCCACACAUAGACCAACCACUAGCUAGAUGCAUGUGACUUAGCGCUAGCCAUUUGGUGUGGCUUCUAGCCCUCUGCAGUGUCAUGAGGCUCAGGGUUAGAAUGGCACACCUGCUGCCUGCUGCCUUCUUUCUAGAAACAUCUCUGGCCUGUGGGCCAGCCCCAAACCAAAGGCACCUGAGCCUGGGUGAGGGCACCCCUGACCUGCCUCGGGCCUUGUCCAGAGCCUUGCCAACGGGGCUGUCAGGUGGCUGCUGACACUCAGGUCCCAGAUCCCUGCACUACAGGGGCCAGGAUUUGAAAAUGGAGGUUCCGGCUCCGGGUGAUCUGCUUGGCUGACAGGGUGGACACAUGAAUCAAGGUUUAUUACAGGCUUUUGGAAUCAGUUAAUUCGGGGGAACGGCGGUACUCUUAGAAACCACGCCCAAAACCAACCAACCAGAGCACUCUGAGGAGCCCCUGGAGACGGUGGCAUGGUUUCUUCACACGCAAGCGACCUGUGAAACUGGGAACUUUGUACAGACAGGUCACCUGGAGUUUUCUCUUUCUCCUCAGCUUACUGGUUUCUUUCUGUUGCAAAAGUGUUGGGACAGAAGCGGAACUGUGAACGAGAACCUGAAAUGCACUAACUUGUAUUCUAUUAAACUGGAGUUACUUGAUUCAAUGAA